UUCUGAUAUUCUUUCAAUAUAUCUUCAUCCCUUAGAAUUUAGACUCAUCCAUAGUCCUAUCCUGCGCACUUGAACAUUGCCACGGAUCAUGCGGCCGACACUAACUUUCCUCGCUUUCCUUCCUCUCGUUGCUGCCUUUGACUGUUCCAUCACCGCCUUCUCCAUCUCUUACGACAUUUCGCCCUUGGCUGGCCUUCGCACAGCAUCCAAAGAUAGCUCUACACCACCAACAACAUCGGAAGUGAAGGUGUCUAUGAACUUGUGCGGGGGAGAAGGUUUAGGGAAGGAGGACGGUGUCGCCGAUGAGGACCAGUGUCCCGAAAAUACAAGGGUCUGUCUCAAGCUUAUAAACCACAAGCCUUCAUCCUCAGACCCAGAUCGGGUGACGGCUGUGGUUUCAUUUUGGACAGUCGAUACACCAGACAGUGAUAUCACAGCAACGCCUUUGGGAAAGAAGGGGGAACAAGGUCUGGAGAUUAGUGUAAAAGGGCAGGAGUAUGCUGGUGUUCCCCAGCAUCUCCAACUUACACUUUUGUGUGACACAUCGUCAGACUCUCCUAACCCAACGCUCGUCUCUUAUACUGCCGGUCUCCUGUCACUCGAAUGGGCAACUCCCGAUGCUUGCCCACGUUCAGGGGAUUCUUCUAGCCCAUCUGGCUCAAGUGGUGGCGGGGGCGGAUUCUUUUCGUUUGUGAAGACUCUGUUCUGGUUGAUUAUUAUCGGGUUAAUUCUGUACUUCGCCAUUGGGAUAUUCUAUAACCAUCAGCAAUAUUCUGCCAGGGGCUGGGACCUUAUACCCCAUCGUGAUUUUUGGCGAGAAGUACCGACUCUUGGGCAAGAUUUGAUUUCUCACGUUGUGGCCAACGUGCGGGGUUCAGGCAGCGGAGGCAGGGGCGGUUACAGCAGUCUUGGUUAAUUAUCGGCUCUGGAUGAUUGUAUUCUGAGAUG